GACAGUUGAAACCAAUCGUGAAUGUAGCAAAGAGUGCACUUCAAACGGCAAAGAAUGGACAAAAGGCAACGAAAAUGUAAAGUAUUGAACUGCAGCACCUUCGAAGUCGCAAGCGGUUUUUGAACAUAGGAAAGAGAAAAAAGUGGUGGAUAUUUUUGGAUUGCGAACCGGAAAGACAACCUUCCCAUGCCUUUUAUGUUGUAGCUCUUGCUAUGCCUUUUAUCUUGUAACUAACUCUCUUCCCGUAGAUAGUUGAAAAUGCCCGACGGCUACUUCCCCAUAGAGGAGGUGACUCCUUACCACAAGAACUGGACGAUAUGUGCGCGGGUGCUAACGAGAUCUCAGACGCGAACCUGGGACAAGAAACAAGCUGAUGGUCAGAAAAACGCUGGACAGGUAAGAUAUCACUUUUUUCGCAUCUUCAGAUCCAUCUACUUAGUUCGUUGUGCUUGGCUAAAUCAAGGAGAACCAAUUUGUAUGAUGAUGCUUGCGAUCUUCCAUCGGAUUUCUCUUUUCUUGUGUGACUGAUGCACACGCGUCGGAAUUGUAUUUCCUGAUCAGGUUUUCAGUGUCGACUUGAUAGACCAGGACGGCGGUGAGAUUCGAGCAUCCUUUUUCAACGACGCCGUCACAAAGUUCAACUUCGUCGAGCCCCCGAAAGUCUUCAAAUUUAGCAAAGGCCUCGUUAAGGUACAGCUAAUGUGGUAUUUCUAUUUCGAGGCCUCAAAACAAGAUAUCGUACUUAAGCAUGCGGAACAGAAAGCUGUUCCUCUUCCUGCUACCUCUCGAAUCCUAACGUGCAACACGUGUUGGCAGGGUUUCGGUUUCCGAAAAGAUGAUUAGGAAGAGUGAAAAUGCAAGCGGAAACACCAGCACCAAAAAGCGAAUGGUCAGGUAGCGAACAAAGCGUACAACCAGCAGAAGCACGAGUAUGAGAUUCAGUUCAACGGCGGAAGUGUCGUCGAAGCGGUGGAGGAUGACGGCAGUAUCGGCACCAUUGCGAGCUUUGAUUUUUCGAACCUGCGGGAGCUGCGAACCCGGCCCUUGCCCUGCAAUAUCGACGUGAUCGGAGUGGUCAACAAGGUGGAGGAAACCCGCACCUGGACAAAGAACGGCGUUCAGUACACGAAGUAUCAGUUUACCGUUGUUGACGAGACCGAGACGGAGCUGGACGUGUCUGUGUUCGGCGAGACUGCGAAAAAGUACCCGCGCGAGGCUUUGCUGAACAAGGAUGGGUAUGUCGACGAGAAGAAUCCAAAAAUCGUGGCGCUCAAGGGCGUGGCGGUGAAAGAGUUUCAAGGCCGGUCUGGCGUGUUCAACGAUACCGGCGCAUUUCUGGUCGAUCCAAAGAAGGGGAAGCCCGGCGUACUACGCACUGUUGCUUCAAUAUCCCAAAGAAAAAAGCCGACAGGUCAGAAAAAAAAUAAUUAAAUAAGAAUUGUUAUUGUCAACAAUAAAAGCAAAACAAAACAACAAAAAAAAUUGCCGCCAUACCAUGCGGAUUAGCUUCAGGACAGAUCAGCAACCCGCGCGAAUCACGGUGGGACUUUUAUUGUCAACAAUAAACGCAAAACAAAACAACAAGAAUAAAUUGCCGCAAUACCAUGCGGAUUAGCUUCAGGGCAGGUCAGCAAUCCGCGCGAAUCAGGGCGGUACGGUGAUCGCCUGCUUUUUUUAUUUUUGUGACGAAUUUCGUCCAUUCGCGCCAUACCGUGCGGGCUGGGCUUCGUAGGGGGUUGCCGGUUUCGCCAAUCCGCACGGCACGGCGCCCGCAGUCGGUUUUGCGACUUUUUGCAGUUUUUUUUUGUUCGCGCCAUAGCGUGCGGGCUGGCUUUCUGGCGAAGCUGCCGGCUUCGCGAAUCCGCACGGCACGGCGGUCGCAGUCAGUUUUUUAAAUUUUGGCGAGUUUUUUGCUUCGCGCCAUACCGUGCAGGCUGGGCUUCGUAUGGGGUUGCCGGUUUCGCCAAUCCGCACGGCACGGCGUCCGCGGUCGGCUUUGCGACUUUUUGCGAAUUUUCGCCGUUCGCGCCAUAGCGUGCGGGCUGGCUUUCUGGCGAACCUGCCGGCUUCGCAAAUCCGCAUGGAAAGGCGGCCGCAGUUUAUUUUGUGAAUUUUGGCGAUUUUUUUUCUUUCGCGCCAUACCGUGCGGGCUGGGCUUCGUAAGAGGCUGCCGGCUUCGCCAAUCCGCACGGCACGGCGCCCGCAGUCGGUUUUGCGACUUUUGGCGAAUUUUCUUGGUUCGCGCCAUACCGUGCGGGCUGGCUUUCUGGCGAAGCUGCCGGCUUCGCGAAUCCGCACGGCACGGCGGCCGCAAUUAAUUUUGUAAAUUUUGUCGGGUUUUUUCCUUUCGCGCCAUACCGUUCGGGCUGGGCUUCGUAAGAAGUUGCCGGCUUCGCCAAUCCGCACGGCACGGCGCCCGCAGUCGGUUUUGCGACUUUUGGCGGAUUUUCUUUGUUCACGCCAUAGCGUGCGGGCUUGCUUUCUGGCGAAGUCGCCGGCUUCGCGAAUCCGCGCGGCACGGCGGCCGCAAUUAGUUUUGUAAAUUUUGGCGAGUUUUUUUCUUUUGCGCCACACCGUGCGGGCUGGCGGUCGCAAGAGGUUGCCGGCGUCGCGAAUCCGCACGGCACGGCGAUCGCAGUCAUCGCUUCAAAAUAGGCAGGCAGGGGCUUGGAGGCUGUCGAAGGUUUUGCCAGCUUUGCGAAUAUUCUCGAAUAUUCGGAAUCGCCGGAACCAGAGGCGGCGAGGCGUCAAACCCUCGCCAACUUUUUCAACGCUUGGGAAUGCCAAAAAUGCGACCCCCGCCUAUUUUGAAGCGAUUCCGAAUAUUCGAAAGCAUCCGCGGACGAACUCGGCAAAAAUUUCCAGAAGGGGAAGUAAUUUAUUUUGAGUAUGUCAGCUUCCGCAGAUAGAGGCGGGGGUCGCAUUUUUGGCAUUCCCGAGCGUUGAAAAACUUGGCAAGGAUUUGAAGGCUCGCCGCCUCUGAUUCCGGCGAUUCCGAAUAUUCGGGAAUAUUCGAAAAGCUGGCAAAACCUUCGACAGUUUCCAAACUCCUGCCUGCCUAUUUUGAAGCGAUUCCGAAUAUUCGAAAGUAUCCGCGGACGAACUCGGCAAAAAUUUCCAGAAGAGGAAGUAAUUUACUUUGAGUAUGUCAGUUUCCGCAGAUAGAGGCGGGGGUCGCAUUUUUGGCGUUCCCAAUUGUUGAAAAACUUGGCAAGGAUUUGAAGUCUCGCCGCCUCUGAUUCCGGCGAUUCCGAAUAUUCGGGAAUAUUCGAAAAGCUGGCAAAACCUUCGACAGUUUCCAAACUCCUGCCUGCCUAUUUUGAAGCGAUUCCGAAUAUUCGAAAGUAUCCGCGGACGAACUCGGCAAAAAUUUCCAGAAGAGGAAGUAAUUUACUUUGAGUAUGUCAGUUUCCGCAGAUAGAGGCGGGGGUCGCAUUUUUGGCGUUCCCAAUUGUUGAAAAACUUGGCAAGGAUUUGAAGUCUCGCCGCCUCUGAUUCCGGCGAUUCCGAAUAUUCGGGAAUAUUCGAAAAGCUGGCAAAACCUUCGACAGUUUCCAAACUCCUGCCUGCCUAUUUUGAAGCGAUUCCGAAUAUUCGAAAGUAUCCGCGGACGAACUCGGCAAAAAUUUCCAGAAGAGGAAGUAAUUUACUUUGAGUAUGUCAGUUUCCGCAGAUAGAGGCGGGGGUCGCAUUUUUGGCGUUCCCAAUUGUUGAAAAACUUGGCAAGGAUUUGAAGUCUCGCCGCCUCUGAUUCCGGCGAUUCCGAAUAUUCGGGAAUAUUCGAAAAGCUGGCAAAACCUUCGACAGUUUCCAAACUCCUGCCUGCCUAUUUUGAAGCGAUUCCGAAUAUUCGAAAGUAUCCGCGGACGAACUCGGCAAAAAUUUCCAGAAGAGGAAGUAAUUUACUUUGAGUAUGUCAGUUUCCGCAGAUAGAGGCGGGGGUCGCAUUUUUGGCGUUCCCAAUUGUUGAAAAACUUGGCAAGGAUUUGAAGUCUCGCCGCCUCUGAUUCCGGCGAUUCCGAAUAUUCGGGAAUAUUCGAAAAGCUGGCAAAACCUUCGACAGUUUCCAAACUCCUGCCUGCCUAUUUUGAAGCGAUUCCGAAUAUUCGAAAGUAUCCGCGGACGAACUCGGCAAAAAUUUCCAGAAGAGGAAGUAAUUUACUUUGAGUAUGUCAGUUUCCGCAGAUAGAGGCGGGGGUCGCAUUUUUGGCGUUCCCAAUUGUUGAAAAACUUGGCAAGGAUUUGAAGUCUCGCCGCCUCUGAUUCCGGCGAUUCCGAAUAUUCGGGAAUAUUCGAAAAGCUGGCAAAACCUUCGACAGUUUCCAAACUCCUGCCUGCCUAUUUUGAAGCGAUUCCGAAUAUUCGAAAGUAUCCGCGGACGAACUCGGCAAAAAUUUCCAGAAGAGGAAGUAAUUUACUUUGAGUAUGUCAGUUUCCGCAGAUAGAGGCGGGGGUCGCAUUUUUGGCGUUCCCAAUUGUUGAAAAACUUGGCAAGGAUUUGAAGUCUCGCCGCCUCUGAUUCCGGCGAUUCCGAAUAUUCGGGAAUAUUCGAAAAGCUGGCAAAACCUUCGACAGUUUCCAAACUCCUGCCUGCCUAUUUUGAAGCGAUUCCGAAUAUUCGAAAGUAUCCGCGGACGAACUCGGCAAAAAUUUCCAGAAGAGGAAGUAAUUUACUUUGAGUAUGUCAGUUUCCGCAGAUAGAGGCGGGGGUCGCAUUUUUGGCGUUCCCAAUUGUUGAAAAACUUGGCAAGGAUUUGAAGUCUCGCCGCCUCUGAUUCCGGCGAUUCCGAAUAUUCGGGAAUAUUCGAAAAGCUGGCAAAACCUUCGACAGUUUCCAAACUCCUGCCUGCCUAUUUUGAAGCGAUUCCGAAUAUUCGAAAGUAUCCGCGGACGAACUCGGCAAAAAUUUCCAGAAGAGGAAGUAAUUUACUUUGAGUAUGUCAGUUUCCGCAGAUAGAGGCGGGGGUCGCAUUUUUGGCGUUCCCAAUUGUUGAAAAACUUGGCAAGGAUUUGAAGUCUCGCCGCCUCUGAUUCCGGCGAUUCCGAAUAUUCGGGAAUAUUCGAAAAGCUGGCAAAACCUUCGACAGUUUCCAAACUCCUGCCUGCCUAUUUUGAAGCGAUUCCGAAUAUUCGAAAGUAUCCGCGGACGAACUCGGCAAAAAUUUCCAGAAGAGGAAGUAAUUUACUUUGAGUAUGUCAGUUUCCGCAGAUAGAGGCGGGGGUCGCAUUUUUGGCGUUCCCAAUUGUUGAAAAACUUGGCAAGGAUUUGAAGUCUCGCCGCCUCUGAUUCCGGCGAUUCCGAAUAUUCGGGAAUAUUCGAAAAGCUGGCAAAACCUUCGACAGUUUCCAAACUCCUGCCUGCCUAUUUUGAAGCGAUUCCGAAUAUUCGAAAGUAUCCGCGGACGAACUCGGCAAAAAUUUCCAGAAGAGGAAGUAAUUUACUUUGAGUAUGUCAGUUUCCGCAGAUAGAGGCGGGGGUCGCAUUUUUGGCGUUCCCAAUUGUUGAAAAACUUGGCAAGGAUUUGAAGUCUCGCCGCCUCUGAUUCCGGCGAUUCCGAAUAUUCGGGAAUAUUCGAAAAGCUGGCAAAACCUUCGACAGUUUCCAAACUCCUGCCUGCCUAUUUUGAAGCGAUUCCGAAUAUUCGAAAGUAUCCGCGGACGAACUCGGCAAAAAUUUCCAGAAGAGGAAGUAAUUUAUUUUGAGUAUGUCAGUUUCCGCAGAUAGAGGCGGGGGUCGCAUUUUUGGCAUUCCCAAUUGUUGAAAAACUUGGCAAGGAUUUGAAGUCUCGCCGCCUCUGAUUCCGGCGAUUCCGAAUAUUCGGGAAUAUUCGAAAAGCUGGCAAAACCUUCGACAGUUUCCAAACUCCUGCCUGCCUAUUUUGAAGCGAUUCCGAAUAUUCGAAAGUAUCCGCGGACGAACUCGGCAAAAAUUCCCAGCCGAGGAAGUAAUUUAUUUUGAGUGUGUCAGUUUCCGCAGAUAGAGGCGGGGGUCGCAUUUUUGGCAUUCCCAAGUGUUGAAAAACUUGGCAAGGAUUUGAAGUCUCGCCGCCUCUGAUUCCGGCGAUUCCGAAUAUUCGGGAACAUUUUCGACGGUUACCAAACUCCUGCCUGCCUAUUUUGAAGCGAUUCCGAAUAUUCGAAAGUAUCCGCGGACGAACUCGGCAAAAAUUCCCAGCAGAGGAAGCAACUUAUUUUGAGUAUGUCAGUUUCCGCAGAUAGAGGCGGGGAUCGCACUUUUGGCGUUCCCAAGUGUUGAAAAACUUGGCAAGGAUUUGAAGCCUCGGUCGCCGCCUCUGAUUCCGGCGAUUCCGAAUAUUCGGGAAUAUUCGAAAAGCUGGCAAAACCUUCGACAAUUUCCAAACUCCUGCCUGCCUAUUUUGAAGCGAUUCCGAAUAUUCGAAAGUAUCCGCGGACGAACUCGGACGGCAAAAAGUUCCAGAAGGGGGAUGAAGUUACUUUAAGUGUGUCAGUUUCCGCAGAUAGAGGCGGGGGUCGCAUUUUUGGCAUUCCCAAGCGUUGAAAAACUUCGCAAGGAUUUGAAGUCUCGCCGCCUCUGAUUCCGGCGAUUCCGAAUAUUCGGGAAUUGUCGAAAAGCUGGCAAGCGUGCGGAUUGGCGAAGCCGGCAACCUCCUACGAAGCCCAGCCCGCAAGGUAUAGCGCAAAAGGGAAAAAAUCGCGAGAAUUUACAAAAAUAACUGCGGCCGCCGUGGCGUGCGGAUUCGCGAAGCCGGCAGCGUCGCCAGAAAGCCAGCGCGCACGGUAUGGCGCGAACAUAGGAAAUUCGCCAAAAGUCGCAAAACCGCCUGCGCGCGCCGUGCCAUGCGGAUUGGCGACUCCGGCAAACUCUUACGAAGCCCCGCCCGCACGGUAUGACGCGAAACAAAAAAACUCGCCAAAAUUCACAAAACUAAUUGCGGCCGCCGUGCCGUGCGGAUUCGCGAAGCCGGCAGCUUCGCCAGAAAGCCGGCCCGCACGCUAAGGCGCGAACAUAAAAAAUCUGCAAAAAGUCGCGAAGCCGACUGCGGGCGCCGUGCCAUGCGGAUUGGCGAAGCCGGCAACCCCUUACGAACCCCAGCCCGCACGGUAUGGCGCGAAUAAGAGAAAUUCGCCACAAAAAUAAAAAAGGCGGGCGAUCACCGUCCCGCCCUGAUUCGCGCGGAUUGCUGAUCUGCCCGGAAGCUAAUCCGCAUGGUAUGGCGGCACUUUCUUCCUGUUGUUUUGUUUUGCUUUUAUUGUUGACAAUAAAAAAAGUCCCACCGUGAUUCGCGCGGAUUGCUGAUCUGUCCUGAAGCUAAUCCGCAUGGUAUGGCGGCAAUUUUUUUUGUUGUUUUGUUUUGCUUUUAUUGUUGACAAUAACAAUUAUUAUUUAAUUAUUUUUUUUCUGACCUGUCGGCUUUUUUCUUUGGGAUGUUCAAUCCUUGGAAGGGGAAUGGAUUUUUAUGUAAUGGCAAUCCACCAUCUUCGUGCACUUAUAUAAUUCCGAAAAUACAGUUGCAACAACUUCACCCUUUCACAACUGCACAAAAAAAAUCUUUCACAACAGGACCGCAGCAAAGAGAUAGAAAAGUGGUGGAAAAGCGGGGGCUCAUCGAAGGCAUUUGUGUCUAUGCGCGAAGCAGGUGCGGGACAAAUAGGUGGAAAUCAAGUGCGACAGGUAUGCACGUGGUCACUCUCCCCUGAGUUAGAUAUUUGCAACUGCACCACCUAGACGAACCAGCCAGUGGGAGUUUUAUACUGCUUCUUGCCUGUGGCGGCGUUUCUGCAACGACGGUAAGUGACGCCCAUUGCUAGCUUGGUCGAACUUUCAGCGCCAAGGCGUGAGCAGUACCACAGAUAGGUCUAGGUGAGAGUCUGAUCAGAGAAAAGUCCCACGUUGAAAUUACAGGUAAACUUGGGUGAGUUGGUCGACGAGAUCGAGCCUGCGUCUGGGGAAAAUAAAGAGCAGUUUAUCAUCACCGAAGCCUACGCGCGAAUGAUGCGCGUCCUGACGCAACGCAAGGACGAGGAAGUUCCGCAAUGGUAUGAAGCGUGCCCAGAAAAGGUCGUCCGCGCCAAUGCGCCUGCCAACGCACCUCCGGCCACUUGCAACAAGAAAGUUCGUGACGGCGUAUGCCCCACCCACGGCCUCGUCACGCCCGUCAAGCGAUGGCUUGUCCGCGCAGUAUUUCAGGACGGAUUCGGCGACAGCAUUCUGAACCUGUUUGACGACGAUAUGAAGAAGCUCAGUACGUUCUUCUGAUUUAUAUUGAUAAUGUUGCGUAGUUUGUUGAUGUGCAAAGUGCAGCAACGUAUCGCCGACCUGUUGGCAGUCACCUUUCGUGGUCAAGUGAAGGACAAAGUUGUGAUGCAGGCACUUCUUCGACAAUCGACACUGGCAGACUGACCACUGCUAUGGUACUUGAAGAAAUUUGUCACAACAGCUGGGAAGACAGCUCAGGAUGCCUCAGAAAUGCAGAUCACAGUGGACGAAUGGUUCAAGAGCUGGCAGGUAGCCUCGCUGUACAAGCUCCGCUUGCGGUCAUACAAAGAAACCUACGAGGGCGAUACACGAUCUGCGACGCGAAUCCUGGCUAUCGAGCCGGUGAAUAUUGCGAAGCGCACGGACGAGUUGCUAAAGGCAAUCUACGACGACAAAACGUGGAAUAUGGCUGCCUAA